AUGCCUCCCUCUCGUCGCCGCGGUGGCAAUACUGCCGCCACCCGUUCAAACCAGGCGACCUUAUCGUUCGGCUCCAAGUCCAGAGUCACGAAGCCAUCAGCAGCGCCAUCUACACGCUCUCAGAAAGCCAAAGAUCUCGACCUGAUUGAUACUACUCGAUCGAGUACACCAUCCGUUGAAGAUGUGUCCGAAGCAGAACAGGCCUCUGUUACUCCCACGGAGCCUUCGCAACCCCAUGUGGCAGAGCUUGCCGUAAGGAAGCAGGCUCAGACAGAGAUUCAACAACCACGAUCAGAAGAGGAUGCUAAGGCGGAAAAGAUUACCGAAAGGCAGCUGCAGCAGUACUGGAAGAAGGAAGAAGCAAAGAGACAAGGGCCCAGAGUUCACCAGGAGGGCCUCGAGCUACGAGAGAAGAUUCUGCGCAACUUCGACCUCUCAAGCCAGUACGGGCCUUGCAUUGGAAUUGCUCGACUGAAGCGGUGGAGACGUGCGCAUAUGCUGGGCCUCAAUCCUCCCAUUGAGGUGUUGGCCGUGUUGUUGAAACCGGACGAUACCACUAAACAGAGAGCGUAUAUUGACGAGUUGAUGUCUUGA